AGAAGUCAAGAAAAAAUGUCGACGUUCAAGUUAUUGGUUGUUGUUGUGACGAUUCUGACAGUAGCCAAGUUCAAUCGUGGCCAAGAUUUAGUCGAUCAUUUGCAAAAUCUGGAAACACUGUGGAAGAUUCCUUUAACUAAAUGUUGUGUUAGUGAUUCCGAAUUUUAUUCACUUGGUUUCGACUCGUGCAACAACAAUGAAGAAACGCCUUUCAUAUGGCCACCACCAGUAUAUUCGAUCAAGACAAAUCAAUCGGCUGUUUCAAGUUCUGUACGUUUUUCAUUGACCUACAACAUGUCAACUUGCAUGCCAGGAUACGACAGUAAAAGUGUCACAAAUUUUCGGUUAUACACGGACGGCACGGUGCAAGUAGGAGACGCACGACUCGAGCCAGGUCAAUUUUGUCUCAAUCAAAUCGCUUCAGGAGAACCGCCAACAGAUGAAUCUGAAUUCGCCAUUCGUUACUGCAUCCCGGACCCGUGUAAUCAAACGAAUUGCGUUCACAAAUGUUGCCCAAUGGGGAUGGCACUCAACAUCACGACACAAUUAUGUCAGUCGUACAGCGAACGUUUUGAUCUUGUUUUCCAUAAUGCGUCGGGUCAAGUAAUCUCACCGGAUCCUGGAUCGUACAUCAUCCGAGACGGAGAUGCACCGCAAUGUCCGUUUGGCAUGUUCCCACUUAUGCCAGAAAUGAAUCCAGAAGAUACGUUCUACAUUCUACCUGAUGGACAACUAUAUCUGCCGAGUUAUCCGGAAAAUGACAGAUAUUCCAAAGACUAUUGCGUCGAUGAUUUUUUCGCAGAGGAAGGCCACAUUGUUCGACAAGCGUUGAUGUGCUUCCCACCGCAACCGGAAGAAUCGGCAGAUAACCAAUUGGUCUUCAAAGUGUUCCCUUACUUGCUGUUGGUGUCGUCCCUUUUCCUUGUCGCCACGUUCGUCGUCUACGCCAUCAUUCCCGAAAUACGCAACAUUCACGGUGUAACGAUUAUGUGUCAUGUUGCAUCUCUGGCCGUUAUGUACAUUGGCUUAUGCGUCAUCCAGCUGGGCUCUGAAAUGCCGGAUGGGGCCUGUGUUGGAUUAGCGGUUGUUGUGCACUUUGCCUUUUUGUCGACAUUUACCUGGCUGAACGUCAUGAGUUUCGACAUUUGGUGGACUUUUAGUCCGUUGAAUACGUCAACCAACGCCAAAGCGGCAGCUGUCACUUUCUGGAUGCAAAUGCUCGCCAAUAAAACGACGAGCUCCUCUUCCACCAUGACUCAGCCUCGCGAUCGAUUACCAACCGAUGAUGAUUAUAUGACGGAGCACUCUGAUGAGUCGGGCUUAAUUCCGAUCUGUGAUUUGCGACCUCGCAAUUCGAGACACGGACGCCAGCAUCUAGGUCGCCGAAUCAUAUUCUAUUCCAUCUACGCUUGGGGUGUUCCAUUUAUUAUCGUCUUGGUUGGCCAAGUCCUGGACCAUGUGAAAAAUUUACCGCAACAUAUUGUUACUCCCGGAUUCGGUGAAGUCAAAUGCUGGUUUUUUGAGAAAGAAGCUUUCUUGAUUUAUCUGUAUGGUCCCAUUGCGAUUUUGAUUCUAAGCAACAUCGUCUUUUUCGUCAUGACGGCUAUUCUCCUUUAUCGGGCAAGCGUAGAUGCUGCAUUUGCUGUCAACAGUGCCCAUGCCAAGCAAAAGUUCCGCGUGAUUUUCAGUCUCUUUAUUCUAAUGGGUGUCUCUUGGAUGAUGGAAGUGAUCUCAUUUGCAGUUGGUGGCUCGGCAUACAUUUGGAUUCCAACCGACAUUCUUAACAUCCUGACGGGCGUUUUCAUCUUCGUCAUCUUCGUCUGCAAGCCAAAUGUCUGGAAGCUACUGAAACUCAAAUGCCCAUGUCUGAAGCGAUUGGACCGCUGCUGUCCAUCGUACAUGACCCGUUCAAACACACGACAGGGCACCACAACCCGCAGUACCAUGAAAGAAGUUUCGCAGACAAAGUCGUUGAACAACCUUGGUCUUCGCCAGGUAGACGAUUCCAAGAAGAAGAUUGUAAUGGACGCACCUACUCAAUCGACACAACUUCGUGACUCCACUCAAGUCGAUUCUGGUGAUGAAAUGAUGGUUGACCACGAGUCCAUAAGAAUGGCUUGAAACUGAAGCAAGCUAUUAUCAACCUAUAACGCAACAAAGGCUAGAGAAGUAGAAUUACUCAUGUCUAGAAACGAAGUUGUUCAAAGCACAAUGCACCUGUCUGUUGCCAAAAAAAAAAAAAGAAAAAGAAAAGAAAA